AUCCUCUGCAAAUCUGCAUUGCAAGGCCUUUAAAGUCUCCAUUUCGAUUCUCCAAUCUCUCUGUUGGAUCUCAAGCUCGUCCCUCUGCUUCGAUUCGGGUUCAAAGAUCCAAGCUUUUCAACCUGUCGGUGAUUUACCAUUUCUCUUCUCCAAGUUUAUAUAUAUUUGAAGAUUCAAUUUUUAUGAGUUCUAUAUACUAGAUCGGCUUGAAUCGUCAAUACCCACAUCUCAGAUAUUGCUAUGAAGCUUUACCCUUUUCAUUUUGGCUCAUUUACCUUCCUGGGUUUCAGUCCUUCACUGUCUCUAUAGCUCGUUGAGAUUGUUGAACUUCUUGUACAACAUUUUGGUAUUGAAUUUUGAAUUGGGUGUUUUAGUUAGUCACAAUGUCUGCGAUUAGAGUUGAUCCUAAGCAGUACUACGCCACUAGUAGUCUUCUCAUUGGCUAUGCACUCUGUUCUAGCUUGUUAGCUGUGAUAAACAAGUUUGCCAUCACCAAAUUCAACUACCCUGGUCUUUUGACCGCUCUGCAGUACCUCACUUCUGCUUUGGGGGUUUGGGUUUUGGGGAAGUUGGGGUUUUUGCACCAUGAUGCAUUCACAUGGGAAACGGCUAAGAAGUUCUUGCCUGCUGCUGUUGUGUUUUAUCUUGCCAUUUUCACCAAUACUAAUCUGCUUCGACAUGCCAAUGUGGAUACUUUUAUAGUGUUCCGGUCGUGUACGCCUAUUUUGGUUGCGCUGGCUGAUACGGUGUUUAGGAACCAGAAGUGCCCGUCAAAGCUUACGUUUCUGUCUUUGUUGGUGAUUUUGGGGGGAGCUGUUGGGUAUGUGGCCACUGAUAAUGGUUUCACUUUAACUGCUUAUUCAUGGGCGUUUGCCUAUUUGGUGACCAUUACAACUGAGAUGGUGUACAUUAAGCAUAUGGUGACGAAUCUCGGGCUGAACACUUGGGGUUUUGUGUUGUACAACAAUUUAUUGUCAUUGAUGAUGGCUCCACCGUUCUGGAUCAUCACAGGGGAGUAUGUUGAGGUGUUUGCUGCUUUGGGAUCCAAGACUGAGAACUUCUUUGCACCUGGUGCAUUCUUUGCAGUGUCAUUGUCAUGUGUGUUUGGUCUGCUCAUCAGCUUUUUUGGGUUUGCAGCGAGGAAGGCAGUCUCUGCAACAGCGUUUACAGUGACUGGUGUUGUUAACAAGUUUCUUACGGUUGCUAUCAAUGUGAUGAUAUGGGAUAAGCAUGCCAGCCCCUUUGGUUUGGUCUGCCUCCUAAUGACAAUCGUUGGUGGUGUCUUUUAUCAGCAAUCCGUAACUGGACCUAGCAGUUCCCCAUCAAAGGGUGAAUCAGUAGUGCCUAAGCAGACUCACAGUGAGAAUGAGGGUGAUGACUUUGAUGAUGAAAAUCAAGGAAAAGCUGUUUCUGGUAAACUUAUUGUAUGAGAAUUCCUAUCUUUGCAUGAUCAUUUUUUAGCUGCUGAAGAGGUAUUGUAUCUUUGAAGAUUAUCUUAAAGACUGAUUUAGGGGUUAUAUUUAUAUGCACAAGUAUGAUGUUACAAUCUAAUAUCUGAGAGAAAUACAGCUGCUUUGUCACUAGACUCUCUGAACUACACCUUUAAAAGAGCUGCUGGUUUAGUUCAACAUG